CACGGCUACUACUCCACAGUAGGACCCCAGAAACGCCUCUUUUUUGUGCCAGACUUUUUUUGUGACACGGGCGAGAAGUCUCGUGUUAGAGUUAAGAUAGUUUAUUACAGAAUGGAUAAAACUGUCAGUCUGCCACACCAACCCAACAAAACCACCACAGUAACUUUGGUGGAGACCAGCAGUAACCCAAGUGGAAUGAUGCUGGUGAAUCCCUACCAGACUAAUCGGGUUGGGGAUCCCAUGGACCUAGUUUGUCUGGCACAGCAAGUACAGAAGGGAGAUGAAUUUAUCAGAGCCAAUGCUUGCAACAAACUUACAGUCAUUGCUGACCAGAUAAGGUACCUUCAGGAGCAAGCAAGAAAGGUUUUGGAAGAUGCCAAGAAAGAUGCUGAGCUUCACCACGCCGCCUGCAAUGUUGUGAAGAAACCAGGAAACAUGUAUUAUCUUUACAUGCGUGAAUCUGGACAGCGAUACUUCUCGAUUCUGUCUCCACAGGAAUGGGGUCCUAGUUGCCCUCACAAGUUCCUUGGCGGAUACAAACUCCAACAUGACAUGUCUUGGACACCACAAGAGGAGGUUGAAAAGCGGGACGCUGAAAUUGGCAUCAUGGACAAACUGUUGAACAGGCAAAUUGCUCUACCUGCCUGCACAGAGCCCAACUUUGAGGGUAUUUCACAGUGAAAGGGCACAGCUCACUCAUGGACUGUCUUAUCUGGCCAUGGAGGCCAACUGGUCUUAAAAGAUAUUAAUUGUUUGUUAAUACACAGGUUAAAUUGAAUUAAAAUUCAGUUUUGCAACCUGGAUUGCGCUGUCACUACUGCUGAACAAUUAUGCAUUUAAUGUCUUUAUGGUCACAUUUUCCAUGCUGCUUUCUCAAAUGUAUCUUAAUUUGAGAACUAUAUCUUUUUGCCAUUUGGUUUUUAUUAAAGGGUUAGUUCACCCAAAAAUUAAAACAAUGUCAUUAAUUACUCACCCUCAUGUCGUUCUACACCCUUAAGACUUUCAUUCAUCUUUGGAACACAAAUUAAGAUAUUUUUUAUUAAAUCCGAUGGCUCAGUGAAGCCUGCAUAGACAGCAAUGGUACUUCCUCUCUCAAGAUCCAUAAAAGUACUAAAAACAUAUUUAAAUCAGUUCAUGUGAGUACAGUGGUUCUACCUUAAUAUUAUAAAGCGACGAGAAUAUUUUUUGUGCGCCAAAACAACAACAACAAAAUAACGACUUUUUAACAAUAUCUAGUGAUGGGAGAUUUCAAAACACUGCUUCGGAGCGUUAUGAAUCUUUUGAGUCGAAUCGGUGAUUUGGAUCGCGUAUCAAACCGUCAAACUGCUGAAAUCACGUGACUCUGGCACUCCGAACCACUGAUUUGAUUCGUAAAGCUCUGAAGCUUCAUGAAGCAGUGUUUUGAAAUCGGCCAUCACUAGAUAGUGUUAAAAAGUCGUUAUUUUGUAAAAAAAAUAUGGUUUAAUAUAUGUUUUUAGUACCUUUAUGGAUCUUGAGAGAGGAAGAACCAUUGCUGUCAAUGCAGGCCUCGAUGAGCCAUCGGAUUUAAUCAAAAAUAUCUUAAUUUGUGUUCAGAAGAUGAACGAAGGUCUUAGGGGUGGAGAACGACAUGAGGGUGAGUAAUAAAUGACAUUAAAGGGUUAGUUCACCCAAAAAUGAAAAUAAAGUCCCGCUGUGGUGAAAACAUUAAAACUUGAUUGUUUAUA